CUUUAUGAAAGUUUCAUCAUUUGUUGUAGUCUUCUUUUUGAUGAUUAUCAAAGCGCAGAAUUCUUUCAGUGCUUAUAAUCAUCACCGUUUAAAAAUGGAGGAUAUUGUACCCGAAGAAUAUGAUGGAUUACGCACUCCCAGAACUGAAAAUUGGCCUGCUGCAGUAACAAUGACCAUCGUUAUUAUGAACGUUCGUAAUGUGGAUGUAUCGGAAAUGUCUAUUCGAUUUGAUUUGAUGAUGACCAAAAGAUGGACUGAUAACAGACUUUUAUUUCCUAUGCUCGUGGAUGAAGAAAAAGUCGUCCUUGAUUUAAAUUGGAGGAAACGGAUUUGGAUGCCUGAUGUUUUUUUCGAGAAUUCAAUUGAAGGCCAUGUUCAGGACACCAUCAUUCCUAAUAUGUACAUCUGGUUGUUCAAGAACAAGACAAUUCAAUUCACUGCAAGGAUCUCUAUUGAAUUUAGUUGCCAUAUGGAUUUGAGACUUUUCCCACACGACACUCAAGAGUGUGACAUGAUAAUAAUGAGUUUGGCACAUACAGAGGAUGAAAUGCAACUUAUAUGGGAUAAAGACAGGAAUAUCACCCAGGGAGAACAUAUCGUUCUGCCCCAGUUUGAAAUAAUAAAAGUGUCCAGCAGUGAUUGCAAAAAAGAUGUACGCUUUUCUUGCCUCAAAGCCUCUGUCAUGAUGACCAGAAGAUCCGGCUAUUAUAUUACAAAUGUCUACAUACCAACUUCGUUAAUCGUCUUCAUGUCUAUGCUUUCAUUUUGGAUUCCACCUGAUGCCGUACCAGCGAGGGUUACUUUAGGUGUGACCAGUCUCCUAACUAUUGUUACAAAGCAGUACCAAGCAUCUUUGCCAAAUGUUUCAUACAUAGUUGCACUAAAUAUAUGGCUUUCAGCCUGCAUAGGAUUCGUGUUUGUCAGCCUUUUGGAAUACGCUACAGUAAUUGCUUUGCACACAAGUCAGAAGAAGAAAUCGAGAAUUAAUGUUUCCACUAGUAAUGAACAAGUCAAAGUUAUACACAAGAUAUAUCCAAGAGAUGCUCGUUCCAUCAGAAAUGGCUGGGCACACAGGAAACCAAAAAAACAGACUUUUUGGACAAAACAUUUGGCCAAAUUAACACCAGAAAAUAUUGACUAUGUAUCUCGAUUUUUAUUUCCUUGUGUUUUCAUCGGUCAAUGUUCCAUAUAUUGGGCUAUUUAUUAUCGCACUUGAUAAAUCACUGAACAUAAAUUUCUUGAUAUAUAUGUAUGCUUUACACUUGAAGAAUAAUUUUCAAAAUGUAUUGUUGUAAUACCUGAAUGUAAAGAAGUAGCACGAAAGCAUGGUCUAAAAUUCAAUUUCUUGAUAAAUACA